ACUGUGGCUUCAACAGACUGUUGCCCAAUAAUUUGUUAAAUAAUUUCCUGGCGUAGGAGUGACGCCAUGUUGUGAAAAGUGAAAAGUCUACUGCAAGAAAUUUUAUUUACCAACAUUUUGAGAGCCUAGAGCUAACAAAUAUAACAAACUGCAAAUAGUGCGUGUGUGUAAAUCGUAAUAAAAAGCAGCAACAGAGGGAGAGGCAGAGAGCAAAGGAAAGGACAUUGAUUUGUUUUUGUGCUAGCAGCGCUAUGGCUGUGCAAUUUGUAUUCGCCGCCUUGUGGGCAGUGCUGGCCUUGGCGCAAACAACACCUCAGCAUGCUGGCUAUUCACUUCAGGCUGCUGUGGACGAGCUGCAUCGACGUGAGGCAGCCAAGUAUCCAUUGAAUGCGCCACCAGCACACCAGGAUGAUUGGGAUGAAGAUAGCGAUUUAUUUGGCAACAAGUAUAAGAAUCGCAACCGUCAUAGGUUUAAUAAAGCACUUGCCAAGUACUUAGAGCGCGAGCGCAAUAACUAUGAGAUGCCAUACGUGGGCCAAGAGUUCGAUGGGCAAGCCAAUCCCAGUAAUCUCUUUGUGGAUGAGAAGCGUAAGCGCGCCUCUUCGCCUUUUAGGGAGCGCGAUGAGCAGUACGAGAUUGCUGCACCCUCCGUCUUCCGCGAGCGUGAGAAUCAGGGCGGGAAUGUGGACGCCGGCGCAGCCACACACAGCGAGCUAACGGAGCAGUUCCUACGCGAGAUCGAGGAGGCCAGCGAGCAUGAGCGCCAGGAGCGCUACAAAGCCGCGCUGCGUCAGCUUUGGGAGAAGUAUCAGCAGCAGGAGAACGAGCUGGAGCAGCCACAGGAUCCCGAUCUCUUUGAGCAAAAGAAACGCAUGCGCAUGCCGCCAUAUUAUUUGCUCAUGCAAAAGAAACGUUCCUAUCCCGUGCUGCCCUGGCUGCCCUACAAUGCCGACAAGAAGAAACGCUUCCCAGUGGCCAAGCGCGCUAUCUCGGAUGCACCGCUAGUCAGCAAAACGGAUGAGCGUGUGGCACAAGAGCUAAGCGAACUAUUUGGCAAGCCAGCGGAUCAGCAGCCCAUCGAUGCCAAAAAGAAACGUUCGACAGAGCAGCAACUGAAGCCAGCAGCCGCCACCACACAUAAGCCAGAGGCAUCAGGCACUGCCACUGCUUUGGGUGAUAUGCGUCUAGAGAUCAAUUUCCAACGCGUUAAUGUUACCAAUGGCAGCCAGAAAGAAGCCACCACGCCGGAACCUGGCGCGCCUGAGCAAGCGAAGCAUGCUCAUGCAGCUGGACAUCAUCACAAGCGCAACGAGCAGCAUUCCGAGGAGGAGUCCGCUGAGCAUGAGGAGCAUGAGGGCGAGGGCGGCGAGGAGAGCUACGAAGAGGAUGACCAUGAUGAGUUUGAUGACGAGGAAGGCGAUGCCGAGACGGAUGCUGAGGAGCGUCGACGCAAGAAGAAGCGCGCGGCCAACGCCAAACAUGCUCACGCCCCCAGCGUGGGGCACUUGAUGCUGCGCGCCAAGAAAUCAAUUGACUGGUCGCAGUACUUUGGACUCGAUCUCGAUCGCAAGAAGAAGGCCGAGCAGGGAAUAAACCCUAACAACGAUGCCAACAAACACAGCUCCAGCGAGGACGGCAAUAUUAACACCAACAGCGAUGAACAAGUGGAGCAGGAGCAGGAGGAAGAGAAGAAGAAGCGUAACAUAGACACCGAUAAGAUUGAUGCUAUGGAUAAAAAGCUGCAAUCUGUGGAGGACUUUAUUAUUGAUGAAACCAUCAAAUUUACGGGCGCUCAUGAGGGUCUCAACAGCAAGAAUCACGAUGAAGCACGUAAGUUAAAGGAGCAGCUACUGUCACGUCUAGCCACCGCCUACAGUCUGGAGAAGAUGCGACGUGCGUUGGACAACUUGCGUGUCUCCGUAGAUUCAGAUAAUCAUUUGCUACGCAAUGUCAUUGAGCCGGACUCCGAUGAAAAUACGCUGGACAAUCGUUGGUCAAGCAGAGCCAAGCAGCACUUUGGUUUGAAGAAGCCGCAACAAGAGGAGCCAACAGAUGACCUGAUCGAGUCGAAGAGGAAGCGCAGUGGCUAUAUGCGCUAUCCGGAGCAGCCCAAUACCAUGGAUGAUGCCCUGACUUUAAAUAAUGGCGGCUAUGAGACUUUGAACGAUGCUUAUCUGGGCAACAAAAACUACAUCAUUGGCUCCAAUCAGUGUCCAGUUAUAGAAUCAAUGGCCGAACGUUGUCGCAGUGCGGAUCUCAUUUCCGGUGACUUGAAUCAGGAACUUUUGCCGCUCUGUGGCGUGCAUCAGAUUUGCUAUCUUUGCGGCGCCUCCCAAGUGGCCUGCGACUAUCAAUAUCUGGCCGAGGCGGACAACUUAUGCGGCAGCAGCAACGAGUGCCAGGCAGCUGCACGCUCCGUUUUAAUGAUUCUACGUGGCGCACCGGGUCGCCAGCUGGGACCGCGUGAGUGCUUAAAGAAUCCUUGCUUGUAUAGAGCUAUGCGUGAGAUUGGACUUUAAACACGCUAGCCCAUUCCUAUCAUUGCACAACGUGCUCUUGUGUGCGUUUAAAAAUAAAUACAAAUACUACAAAAACAAAAACAAAAUAAUGCCACAAAACUGGCCAAAGAUAUUGUUUGCUGAACUUGCAAAUCGAAGUAAAUAAAAAAAAUAUUUGUAUGCAUAUACAUUUGCUGUUGCAGAGACAAAUAAAUAAUUGAACAGGCGGCAACAGCUUUUACCAGAGACCUAAAAUGAAAAACACACUCUCAGCUAAAUGAAAUCUAGCCUGACGAACUAAACUUGAAAAGUGUGUUGCGCAGUUAAUUUUGGAAAUACAUUUGAACCAAAUAUACAACAAUAUACAAAAUACAUAAUUGUAAUCAAAAAAGCCAAAAAAAAAUAUAUAUAUAUUCAUAUAUUCGUAAAUGUAUUAACGGUUUAUUAAUGUGUAAACAUUUAUAUAAUAUCAAAGUAAAAGCCCGAGGCGAGAUACAUAGGCAGCACGAAAGAUACAAAUAGAUAAUUAUAUAAAUAACACCGCCCAGUAAAUGCUUAAAAAAUAUAGACAUAUAGAUUUGACGCAAUGCAAGCGAAUAAAUGAGCUAAUGUCUACUAAAUGUUUUUUAAAUGUAUUUCAAUAUUCGCAUAGAGCCACUCUUUAAAAUCUAUAUAUACUUAUAUAUAAAUGUACAACUAACUAGUCUACAGGACGUACUAGCUAAACACAAACUCAAGCGAUAUCUUACACAAACAAGAAACACUAUCUUACGAUUUUCAAAUACUAUUUUGUGUUGGUUUUAGCAUAUCCAUAUCCAUGCAAAGAACCCUUCGCUAUUUAUUGAUGUCAUUAUACUAUAUUUAUAAACAUAUACUUGAAUGUGUUUCAGUGUUAAAACAAUAAAUGCAAAUAACUAAGACAAAUAUUCUCCUAAAACCUAUAAGUGUGAUUAUAAUAUUAUACAUGCAUACAUACAUACACAAAUGCUUAGCCAAACAGCAAAAAGAACAUAAAAACUUACGAUAUGUAAAACAAAAGUCCGCAUGAAAAUGAAUCAAAAUAUUAUAAAUGUAUUUACAUGUUUGCUAUCGUUUAACAAUGAA